GUGGAGCCGAGAGGGUAGUUGGGCGUCUCCAGGCGGAAGUAGAGCAGCCGGGAAGAGGCGAGCUAGAGUGAGGUAGUAAGAGAUGACAGACCUGCAGACCCUAGUAGAACGGUUGGAGAAGGCUGUGGGGCGCUUGGAGAUGGUGUCCCAUGGCCCUGGUGCACACGGCAACUACGGAGGAGGCGCUCAGAACAGAGUAGCUGAGUAUGUGCAAGCUUUUGACUCUCUCUUGGCUGGUCCAGUAGCUGAAUACAUGAAGAUAAGCAUAGAAAUUGGUGGCGAUGUCCAGAAACAUGCUGAGAUGGUCCACUCAGGUUUGAUGACGGAGCGAGCACUCCUGGUAACAGCGUCUCAAUGCCAGCAACCAACAGCAAACAAUUUCUCAUCCCUGCUGAAGCCAAUCUCAGAUCGGAUCCAGGUGGUCCAGAGCUUCCGGGAGAAGAACCGUGGCAGCAAACUGUUCAAUCACCUCUCGGCAGUUAGUGAGAGCAUCCCUGCGCUAGGCUGGGUUGCCAUGUCCCCCAAACCAGGUCCUUAUGUGAAGGAGAUGACAGAUGCAGCCAUGUUUUAUAGCAAUCGUGUCCUCAAGGAAUACAAAGACGUAGAUAAGAAGCAUGUAGACUGGGUGAAGGCUUAUCUGAGCAUCUGGACAGAGCUGCAGGCAUACAUUAAGGAGCAUCACACCACUGGGCUGACCUGGAGCAAAACGGGACCUAUAGCAACUGAGGGGGGGUCUCCAACUCCUUCCCCUCCUCCUUGUGGCGGCCCACCACGGUUCUCUGGGCCUCCACCUCCUCCACCUCCUCCACCUACUACCUCCACAAAUUCUGGUGGGGAUGACCCUACGUCUCGCUCUGCGCUUUUUGCCCAGAUCAACCAAGGAGAAGCCAUCACUUCUGGUUUGAAGCAUGUGCCUGAUGACAUGAAGACUCACAAGAACCCAGCGCUGAAGAAUCCAGGUGGCCCAGUGAGGACAGGACCAAAACCCUUCACAGCUCCAAAGCCUUCCUCUGCUAUCAGUCCCUCCCAGAAACAGCCCCUAAGGAAGGACCCUCCUGUCCUGGAGCUGGAAGGCAAAAAAUGGAGAGUGGAAAACCAUGAGGGUGCCUCCAACUUGGUAAUCAGUGACACUGAACUGAAGCAGGUGGCCUACGUCUAUAAGUGCAUGAACAGUACACUCCGUGUCAAAGGCAAGAUCAACUCCAUCACGCUGGAUAACUGCAAGAAGCUGGGACUGGUGUUUGAUGACGUCGUGGGCAUUGUUGAGAUUAUAAACAGCCGGGACGUCCAAGUACAGGUACUGGGUAAAGUGCCAACUAUAUCCAUCAACAAGACGGAUGGGUGUCACGUUUACCUGAGCAAGAACUCCCUAGACUGCGAGAUUGUCAGUGCCAAGUCUUCAGAGAUGAACGUUCUCAUUCCCACGGACAGCGGCGACUUUAACGAGUUCCCGAUCCCUGAGCAGUUCAAGACGCUGUGGAAUGGGCAGAAACUAGUCACCACGGUGACGGAAAUAGCUGGAUAAGCUGACCAGGCAUGUGACUCCCUCCCCUCACCCCACCACCACUAUGGGACAAAUCUGCUUUUGGGGGAUUUUUUUUCUCUCGAUUUCCUGUAAUUUUGCCCCCUGCUGUCAGUCUGCUUCUGUCCUACCUGAGAGACAUCUACCUGCCUUCACUGAAAAUUACCUCAGGCUGGGAUUUGAGGUAGGGUGCGGCAGGACUGUUUGAUUCUGGUGGUUGAUCAGUUGGGGAUGGUGUUGCAUUCCACCACCAUCACCCCAUCAGACCAAACUGCGUCACCAAUCAACCUUGAUUUGUCUGAUCUUUCUUUUUUUGCCCCAUUGACUUUGGAGCCAGUAUCAGUGGUUGGCUUUCAGAGGCCCUUCCAUUUAAGAGAGAUUUUAUUUUCCCUCUUAGAAUACAACAUGUAUCAGGGUAUCGCAUCCCCCAUGAUGUGUACAUUUAAAAGUAUAUCCAGCAGGUGUGUUUGGGGGAAGUUACAAGGGAACAAACUAAAUUUUGCAGUUCUGUUCUAAUCAGGGGUGUUCAAAAGAUUACAGGAGUGGCUUUGCUGGACCAAAGGCUGAAAAAGGGGAUGUAUAGCAUUCCUUCCUCCCUGAUAUUUUUUUUUCUUCCUAUGUGCUCAGUGUGAAAAAAAUUGUGUUGUGCCAUGAUGUUGGGGAGACCUCUUGGUUACCGGUGCCACAAGACCACCCCUCCCAGGUGUCUGGCCAGCAGCUAGAAAGCUGCCACUAACCCUCUUCCAUUCAAGUCCCCCUGUGAAAACUACCCAAAGGGUGCCCUCUUCUGAGCAACUGGACAUUCUCAUAUGUUCAGCCUUCCAGGAUGGUUUUUCUCAACACCUGCCCCCUCUUUCGCACCUAGAGAGGGUUGAGUGUUCAUUCCCAGUCCAGUAUUUAAUUAUUUGUAAGCACAAGUUCAUUGCAAUCCAUUGUGUAGUGAAUUGAAAUUAAUUUACACUGUAGAAGCUGGAAGACACACACACCCCCGGCUGUCUGCUUCCUUUUUUUUGCUUGACUUUUCUUUGUGCAGAAGGUUUGCGUGUUAGCAGGGGCACCGCAAGAGUUGCGCUAAGGUGCUGAAGGCACAGUACUGUAUUGACCACAAAAGGGAGUUUAGCUGCCUAUGCGCUUGACUCCUGGUGUCUUGGAUAGCAUAUCUUAUUUCCUUUCUUGCCACAUUUAAUAAGUUCACUUUUUUCACUGAAAUGGAACUUACCAAAAGAUAUGCAAUCUUUUCUUAUUUUGAGACUGUCCUGUGACUUGUACUUCUCUCUCGAGGCUUGUGAAAAUAAAGAAGAAACCUUUCUUAUGUACUUAAAAAUUAUACUGAAGAUAGAAUAA